AUGCUAAGAGGAACUAGUCGCUGCUUCAAACAGCAUAGCGUGCUGCAAAGAGCCGUCCUGCGUAUGCAGGCAGGAGGGCUCUCCAGAGGUGUCCCCAGCGGUGCCCCCAGAGGACUCGCCAGAGGACUCGCCAGCAACAGCGGAAACGGCGGAAACGACAACUUUCUGUCAACCACCAAUGCCACAUACAUCGACGAAAUGUUCCAGGCGUGGAAACAGGACCCCAGCUCCGUGCACGUGUCGUGGAACGCAUACUUCAAAAACAUGGGCAAUACGCAGAUCCCAGCGUCGUCCGCGUUCGUGGCACCCCCAACGCUCGUGUCCCACCACACCGGUGGCCACAUCCCACACGACAUGGCCAUGGGCGUCGCAGGCUCACCCUCCAGCUCCAUGGACCAAGGCAUCAUGACCCAUUUGAAGGUGCAGCUGCUGUGUCGUGCGUACCAGGUGCGUGGCCACCAAAAGGCCCACAUCGACCCACUCCAGAUUUCAUUCGGUGACGACAAGUCCAAACCACUCCCCAAGGAACUCACGCUAGACCACUACGGCUUCACCGAGCGCGACUUGGACAGCGAGAUCACGUUGGGUCCCGGCAUUUUGCCACGUUUCGCGCGCGAGGGUCGCAAAACCAUGACUUUGCGUGACAUCAUAAACGCGCUGGAAAAACUGUACUGCUCCUCGUACGGUAUCGAAUACAUCCACAUCCCAUCUAGAAACCAGUGUGACUGGCUCAGAGAACGUAUCGAAAUCCCACAGCCGUUCCGCUACAGUAUCGAUGAGAAAAGACAGAUUUUGGAUAGACUCACAUGGGCUACCUCGUUCGAGACCUUUUUGUCCACCAAAUUCCCCAACGACAAACGUUUCGGUCUUGAAGGCUUGGAAGGUAUCGUUCCCGGUAUCAAGACUUUGAUCGACAAGUCUGUCGAACUGGGCGUCGAAGACGUGGUUCUCGGUAUGGCGCACCGUGGUAGACUGAACGUGCUAUCUAACGUGGUGCGUAAACCCAACGAAUCCAUCUUUUCCGAAUUCCAAGGUUCUGCUGCCCCAGAAGAAUACGAGGGCUCCGGUGAUGUCAAGUACCACUUGGGUAUGAACUACCAAAGACCAACCACUUCCGGCAAAUACGUCAAUUUGUCACUGGUUGCAAACCCUUCGCAUUUGGAGGCUCAAGACCCAGUUGUUCUUGGUAGAACCAGAGCUAUUCAAUUUGCCAAAAACGAUUUGGGCAAUUAUCAAAAAGCCAUGGGUGUUUUGCUGCAUGGUGACGCCGCCUUCGCUGCUCAAGGUGUCAUUUAUGAAACUAUGGGGUUCAGUCACCUGCCAGAGUAUUCUACAGGUGGUACCAUUCACAUUAUCACCAAUAACCAAAUUGGUUUCACAACUGACCCUAGAUUUGCUAGAUCUACACCUUACCCAUCCGAUAUUGCUAAAGCCAUCGAUGCUCCAAUUUUCCACGUCAACGCCAACGAUGUCGAAGCUUUGACUUUCAUCUUUAACCUAGCAGCCGAGUGGAGAGCCACUUUCCACACCGACGCUAUCAUCGACGUUGUGGGUUGGAGAAAGCACGGCCAUAAUGAGACUGACCAGCCUUCCUUCACGCAACCUCUCAUGUACCAAAAAAUCGCUAAACAAAAAUCAGUUAUCGAUGUGUACACUGAGAAACUGAUUUCCGAAGGCUCUUUCACCAAGCAAGACAUCGACGAGCACAAACGUUGGGUUUGGGGUCUUUUCGAAGAAGCAUUCGAUAAAUCGAAAGAGUACAAGCCAACCUCAAGAGAAUGGCUCACGGCUGAUUGGGCCAACUUCAAGUCUCCUAAAGAAUUGGCGUUGGAAAUUUUGCCACACGAGUCCACCUCCGUGGAAGAAUCGAAGCUAAAGAGCAUUGGUAAGAUUAUUUCGUCCUGGCCGGAAAACUUUGAAGUUCACAGAAACUUGAAGAGAAUCUUGAACAACAGAGGUAAGUCUGUCGAAACCGGUGAAGGUAUCGACUGGUCUACUGGUGAAGCACUUGCCCUCGGUUCGUUGGCUAUGGAAGGUUAUCACGUUAGAGUUUCCGGUGAAGAUGUUGAGAGAGGUACCUUUUCGCAACGUCACGCUGUUCUACACGAUCAAAAGUCGGAAAGAACUUACACUCCUCUGCAGCACCUAUCCGACAAACAAGCCAAUUUCACCAUCUGUAACUCGUCUUUGUCUGAAUACGGAUGUAUGGGCUUCGAAUACGGUUACUCUUUGACAUCUCCAGAUUUUCUCGUGAUGUGGGAAGCUCAGUUUGGUGAUUUUGCUAAUACAGCUCAAGUUAUCAUCGACCAGUUUUUGGCUGGUGGUGAGGCCAAGUGGAAGCAACGUUCCGGUUUGAUUUUGUCGCUGCCUCACGGUUACGACGGUCAAGGACCAGAACACUCCUCUGGUAGAUUGGAAAGAUUUUUGCAAAUGGCCAACGAGGAUCCCAGAUAUUUCCCAUCUGAAGAAAAGCUACAGAGACAACAUCAAGACUGCAACUAUCAAGUGGUUUACCCAACAACGCCAGCGAAUCUAUUCCACAUUUUGAGAAGACAGCAACAUCGUCAAUUCCGCAAGCCUCUAAUAUUGUUUUUCUCCAAACAGCUACUACGUCAUCCUUUGGCUAGAUCGAGCCUAUCUGAGUUCACAGAGGGCAAAUUCCAGUGGAUCAUUGAAGAUGUCAACCAUGGCAAGACGAUUGGCUCCAAGGAAGAAACCAAGCGUUUGGUGAUCUGCACGGGUCAAGUGUACACCGCGCUGCACAAGAAACGUGAGUCUUUGGAAGACAAGAACACUGCGUUCCUCAAGAUUGAACAGAUGCAUCCAUUCCCAUUUGCUCAGCUACGUGACUCGUUGAACUCGUACCCUAACUUAGAAGACAUUGUUUUCUGCCAAGAAGAACCUCUCAACAUGGGUUCGUGGACCUAUGCCGGGCCCAGAUUCGACACUGUGCUAAAGGAAACCGACAAGUACAAGGAUGCGGAGGUCAGAUUCGCGGGUAGAAACCCAAGUGGGCCUGUUGCUGCCGGAUCCAAAAGCUUGCACACUGCCGAGGAACAAGCGUUUUUGGCGGAUGUUUUUGGCCAGUGA